CCCGCCGACCGUCGAGAUGGGCGAGUCAAAUGAUGACAUUGACCAAAUGUUCAGCAAUUUAUUAGGAGAAAUGGAUCUUUUGACACAGAGUUUAGGAGUUGACACUGUUCCUCCUCCGGACCCUAAACCCCCCACAGCUGAAUUCAAUUACAGUGUGGGUUUUAAGGAUUUAAAUGAGUCCUUAAAUGCAUUGGAAGACCAAGAUUUAGAUGCUCUCAUGGCUGAGCUGGUUGCAGAUAUAAGUGAAGCUGAGCAGAGGACAAUCCAGGCACAGAAAGAGUCUAUUCAGAGCCAGCAUCAACCAGCUUCUCUGGGGUUAUCAAAUUGCAGUGAGGCUAAGUCCCUUAAUUGUGAAGCAAACGUUGCAGCAGUUAGCAUCAGCCAAUAUGAGGAUGACUUGCCACCCCCACCAACUGAUGCUGUGUUAGACCUUCCCCUCCCUCCACCACCUCCUGAACCUCUCUCUCAGGAAGAAGAGGAAGCCCAGGCCAAGGCUGAUAAAAUAAAGCUUGCAUUGGAAAAACUGAAGGAGGCCAAGGUUAAGAAGCUUGUGGUCAAAGUGCACAUGAAUGACAGUAGCACAAAAUCCCUUAUGUUGGAUGAGCGGCAGUUGGCCCGUGAUGUUCUAGACAACCUCUUUGAGAAGACCCACUGUGACUGCAGUGUAGACUGGUGUCUCUAUGAAAUAUACCCAGAACUACAGAUAGAAAGGUUUUUUGAAGACCAUGAAAAUGUUAUUGAAGUUCUAUCAGACUGGACAAGAGACACAGAAAACAAAGUGUUGUUUUUGGAAAAAGAAGAAAAAUAUGCUGUAUUUAAAAACCCACAGAACUUUUACUUGAACAACAAAGGAAAAAAAGAAAACAAGGAAGCAACUGAAAAAAUGAAUGCCAAGAACAAAGAAUCCUUACUUGAGGAGAGUUUCUGUGGAACAUCCAUCAUCGUACCAGAACUCGAAGGAGCUCUUUAUUUGAAAGAAGAUGGGAAGAAAUCCUGGAAAAGACGCUAUUUUCUUUUGCGGGCUUCUGGAAUUUAUUAUGUGCCCAAAGGAAAGACUAAGACAUCUCGAGACCUGGCUUGUUUCAUACAGUUUGAAAAUGUCAACAUUUACUAUGGGAUUCAAUGUAAAAUGAAAUAUAAGGCACCUACUGACUACUGCUUUGUUCUGAAGCAUCCUCAGAUUCAGAAGGAGUCCCAGUAUAUCAAAUAUCUCUGCUGUGAUGAUGCAAGAACUCUAAGCCAGUGGGUCACAGGAAUCAGGAUCGCAAAGUAUGGGAAGACCCUCUAUGAUAACUACCAGCGGGCAGUGGCAAAGGCUGGGCUUGCCUCUCGGUGGACAAAUCUGGGUACUGGCAAUGCAGCCACACCAGCUCCUCCUCCUGCAGGACUGAAAGCAGACACCAGCCAGGCCAAUGGUCAGAUUCCCCAGGCAAAGCCUUCUAUGAGUCCAGUUCUGCAGGAAGCCCAGAAACACAACGAGGUAACCAAGGAUAAGAAACCAGCAAUUGGAAUGCAGGAACCAGGAACACAGAGAGCCCACCAGUUCCCCAAGACCAGCCAGCCUCCACCCCCUCCAGUGAGACGCUCUUCUGAGAAUGCCAGCAACCCAGUGAUACCCCCCAAGGCCAAGGGGAGCAGCCCAGUAAUACCCCCAAAGGCCAAGGGGAACAGCCCAGUGAUACCCCCCAAGACCAAAGGGAGCAGCCCAGUGAUACCCCCCAAAGGCCUUGGCUUCCCAGCCCCACCUGAGGAUGACCUGCCACCACCUCCACCACCUCCGCCUGUGGAGGAAGAGAACCUGCUACCCCCACCACCCCUGGAUUUCAAUGAUCCGCCUCCGGACUUUGUGCCGCCGCCACCACCACCACCGAUGUCUUUAGAACAUGUAUGCCCUAUUCCGCCACCACCACCCCCUCCUCCCCUACCGCCUCCCUCUCCUUCCUCCCCAUUGGUAAAGCCGCCACCCACGGCAGCCAAGAGGCCUCCAGUUCCCCCUAAAAGGCAGGAGAACCCAGGACCCCCUAAUGGUAGCAUGGGGAGCGGGGAACCCGAUUUUAUGUCAGAUCUCAUGAAAGCUUUGCAGAAGAAAAGGGGAAAUGUGUCCUAAGAGAACCCAGCUCAUUUCUAGGGGACAUGAUGCUGAGAUGUUACCAAUGCUACUGCUGUUUAGGGGAUGGGUGUUGAAAUAUUUUGACAACAAAUGAAGUCAAA